UUGUUUCAGACCGCUCUCACUGUUGUAGAUCGAAAUAGUAACAUUGGGCGGAGUGUCGUCGGAAAACUAGACAAAUCUUCCAAUUCCUCUUCCACUUCCACUUCCUCUUCAUCAUCAUCAUCUGCUUCGGAUACCAGCAGUGUGUCUAGUGAGGCAAGUACCGGGACUACCACUUCUACUUCGAAUUUGACAAAUAACACCGACAGCCCCAACAACCUCAGCAGCUUUAAUCGUGGUCGCCGGUCAGUUUAA